UUGCUUUCUCAUCCUCGAAAGUCCUACAACCGGUCGAAGUCACGCUACCAGAAAACCGAAGUCGUGGAAAAUUGGUACCAAUAAUUGAUGAUGCACCCUCCUCAUGUGCGUAGCACGUGCAGCCUCCAAUAAUUGAUGCCGUCAACCGCCCUUGGAAACCAUCUUCUUGAGGAGAAGUCGUUGCAGCUGAAAAUAUCCAUCUACUCUGAGAAUCCUCUAACCUUUGUGCUUGGAGAAAGAAGGAUCAGCCCUGCACUGCGAUGUCGUCGUGGAUGUUAACAUGCUUGGGAUCUUUCGGACAGGCCUUAAUCGGGAGCGUGAAGGAUCAGAUCAGCGACUAUUUGAUCCGACGGCUUCUGGAGGACCCCGGAGUCGUUGCAGGCUUGGGAUGGCUCAGAGAGUCCAUUGGGAGCUUGAUGGAUAAUAUCAGAGACUUUGCGAACCGAGGAUUUUUCAAGGAGCUCGGAGUCAGAGAUGACCUCGGCGAGCUGAUGAAUACUCUUACCAGGAUUAUGCGCAUCAUCGGCGAAGUCGAGAACAUGUUGCUUAAAGAUGAAGACACGAAAAAGCGAUUGAAGGAAUUGCUGAAGAAAGUGAAGGACACUGUUUAUGACGCUGAGGACUUUCUUGACGAGAUCCAGUUCCGGGUUCUAAAGCAACAGAUCGAGCAACAAGGAGCUCAGAGGGAUGGGGCAAGUAACCGAUCAUCUUCUUCUUCCGGUCUCCGUCCGAGGAAACAAAGAAGAUUUUCUGAACUUGGCAGUCGCUUCGUCGGUAGAGAAGAUGAUGUGAAUAGAGUGACGGAAAUCCAGAUGAAGUUAGAUAAAUAUACUACUGACAUCAAGGAUCUCAUUGGUAAAUUAGAUGAUGAUGAGAAAGAGAUGAUAAGGUUAGUAGUGUCCCGAAAAACCACUCCUACCUGGCCGAUAGAAACUCAAGUUCAAGUAUUCGGACGAGAGGAACAGCUGAAUCAACUUGUGGGACUGUUGGUGCAAUCUGCCGACGGAUCCGGAUCUAGCGACAGUGGCAUCUCUACCUUAACUAUUGUUGGGAUCGGAGGGGUCGGAAAGACUACUCUUGCUCAGCAAGCCUACAUCCACGAGAGGGUGCAGGACUAUUUUCAGCUUAAGGUCUGGCUCUGUGUAUCCGACAACUUCAACGUCGAGAGGCUUACCAAAGCGAUCAUAGAAAACUUAAACCAGAAAAACUGUGAUCUCAACAACUUAGAUACACUUCAAGAGGUUGUUAAGGAGAAGUUGACCUCAAAAAGGUUCCUGCUUGUCCUCGACGAUGUGUGGAACGAGGACAGCAUGAAAUGGGAAAUAUUUUGUGCACCGUUGAGGUACGGAGAACCAGGAAGCAAGAUUUUGGUUACAACUCGCUCUAAAAAGAUUGCAGAAAUUGUUGGCAAUCCGAUCCCUCUAGGAGGUCUGGAUGAAGUCAGCUAUUGGAAAUUGUUCAAACAAUGUGCAUUUGGUUCCGAAGACGCCGGUGAAUUUCCACAGCUAGAAGACAUAGCAAAGCAGAUCGCUUACAGGUUUAAUGGAUUGCCACUUGCGGCAAGGACGGUAGGCGGGUUGUUGAAGGCGCAGAUGACUGAGGAGCACUGGAGACUCAUCGCAGGGAGUGAAAUAUGGCAACUACUGCAAUACGAAGAGGAUGUCCUGCCAAUCCUACAAUUGAGCUAUCAUUUUCUUCCCUCACACCUUAAGAGGUGUUUUGUUUUCUGUUCCCUCUUCCUCAAAGAUCAUCUGUUUGAUGAACGAGACUUGAUCCGGCUUUGGAUGGCAGAAGGCUACAUUGCUCAAGACAACAAUAUGACGAUGGAGGAUGUAAGACGUCGCUACUUUCUUAGGUUAGUGAACAGGUCUUUCUUUCAGAAAGGUCCUAUGGGAUGGGAAUAUAUGAUGCAUGACCUGAUACAUGAUCUUGCUCAGUUUCUUUCAGAGGGGGAGUUUUGCAGGAUCGAUGAUGAUGACUCGAAAGAGAUCCCUAGGACGACUCGUCAUCUGUUAACAACAGUAAUCAAUGGAACUAAGUUAAUGGAGUUCUCCCGUUAUGAGAAAUUGCGGACGCUCAUGAUCAAUUAUGAAAGUUAUACGUAUGGGUUUAGAGUGGCGGACUCUUUGUUGACUGGUGUCCAGAUUGAAAGAUUAAAAAACAUUCGAGUGUUGAUACUGCAGAGGUGUGGCUUGCGGGAGUUGCCUGAGACAAUUGGUGACUUGAUACACCUCCGCUACCUUGACAUAUCCUACAAUUGUCAGAUUUGGAGGUUGCCGGAGUCAUUAUGUGGUCUUUACAAUUUGCAAGUAUUGGAUCUGUUUCAAUGUCCACUACAGAGUUUUCCGGAUGGCAUAAGCAAGUUGAUCAACUUGAUGCAUCUUAAUGCAGCAGACGAAAUAAUUUCCAAGAUAAAUAAUGUUGGGAAGCUGACUUCUCUUCAAGGAUUGUCUUCAUUCAAAGUACUCAAGGAUCAGGGACAUGAGGUUGCCCAAUUAGGCAGUCUGAAACAGCUUCAUGGACGACUUCAAAUUACCAACCUCGAGAACGUUGAGAGUAAACAAGAAGCAAGCAAGGCUAAUCUGAACAGCAAACAGUAUCUUGAAAAACUGGUCUUAGAAUGGACAUCGGAUGUUUCUUGCCUUAAAGCAAGAAACAAAUAACCCUAUUGCCCAUUUUUGUUC